AUGUCGUCACCAACGACUGAUACUGGUGCCGAUGUUGUAUUCAACCACACCACAGGAGCAGCCGGUGGAGCUGCGAACGACAAUGCCAUCUUCCAGUGUGGCAUGUGCAAACGUCAAUACAAGAGAUUGGAUCACCUCUCCCGGCACACACGCAGUCUCGGCCAUAUCGUUGUCACGUCUGCCCUAAAGGUUUUGCCAGGGCACCUUCUCAAGAGGCACGUUCUAGGCCACGAUGCCGCAAGCCGUAGUGGCAAGGAAGACAAAUCGUUGUCAGGGAGCGCAUCGGCUACCGCCGGACGGGUGACGCAAGCCUGUCAGACUUGUGCUAGCAAUCAUCUGCGCUGCUCUGAACGGAAGCCAUGUCUCCGUUGUCGAAAGAAGGGCUUUGAUUGUGUCUGGGAUCGUUCAAUGGACUUGUUACCAACCCCUACUCCCACGACCGUGCGGGUCGAAGAGUCGAGAGAGUCACUAUCAAGUUUAGACGCGACCGAAGCGGAUAUCUCGAGCAGCAUGGUCCAGCAAGUUGAACAGUUCGACCAAGCCAAUAUGGAUCCGGCUGAUAUGGUGCAGCCUUUGUUUGCAGGAGGGUUUGGUGACAUAAACUUCACCUCGGGGCAGUGGACCCCGAUUGGUCCGCUGGACUUUGACAUGGGUGCGGCAAUGGAACUUGACGACAUCGACCUACGUUUCUUGGACGCUUACAACACCAAUGUCCCUUUCGAGUUCGGAGAUAGCCCACAGAAUGCACAGCCGACACCAAACCUGGAACCGGGUGUCUCUCCACACCUACACCAGCCAGCGGCAGUAUAUACUGAAGUGUUCAAGAACUCUUACUGGAGGUUCAGGCCCAAUGCGCAAGAUCACGGUGCCGCGGAAGAGCACAAUUUAUCUCUUCCCGCAGCCACUGAUCACCAAGCGUCGCCAGAGUCACGCAUUCCCCUCGACAGACGUAUCACAUGCAAACCGCUGAGCGUUGCAGCACGCGAUAGAAUUCUGGCCAUGAUUGUACAGACGUGCCGUCCCGAGAACUUGUCGAAAGCCGUGGUGUCCUUCCCAUCAGCCGAGCUUCUGGAUAUGCUGCUGCAGUACUACCUUAGCUCACCAGUAGCUCGUGCAGAAUCCUUCCUUCACACAGCAACCUUUGACCCCAACGAGAAGCGCCCCGAGCUUCUUGCUGCUAUGGCAGCCUAUGGGGCGGUAUUGACCUCCGACCCGGCCCUCUCAAAGCUUGGCUUUGCUAUUCAGGAGUGUGUACGCAUUGCCGUGCCGAGACUCUGGGAACGAGAGAAUAUGCUUACUAGGGACCUAGAACUAGGACAGGCAUUUCUGAUCUAUCUAGAAAUUGGCCUAUGGAGUGGCCGAAGCCGGAAAGUGGAGAUCGCAGAAAGCUUCCUCCAGCCCCUGCUCACCAUACUGAGACGCGACGGGAGGUUUAAGCGCUCGAGAUACCCCAAGGCUGUCAUCCGCGAAGGCGACACUGGCGAGAGCCUCGACUCUGCCUGGAAGAAGUGGGUUGAACAAGAGUCGUUUAAACGACUUGCCUUCAGAGUGCUUCAACAUGAUACGAAUGCGUCCAUGGCUCUUUUGACCAACCCACUCAUUUCUUACGCGGAGGCUCAGAUGCCUUUCCCAGACCCACGGGAGCUUUGGACCGCAAGCAAUUCUGAACAGUGGAAAGCUGCUUUCUUUGAACACGCUGGAUUCAACUCGGACCAUUUAAGGAGCCCUAUCGACUACUUGAACAACCCAGAAGAGUUUCACAAUCAACACAGGGCAGCGGAUCCCGCAUACCUCGCGUUAGCAUUUCUCUCCUGCGCGUGGAGCUUGUCCUGGGAAUACAUCCAGCUCAAGGCUUUCCAAAGGUCGGGGCCCCGCCGCUGGAACGCCCUGCUCAUGGCUUCACGCCACGACGAACUGCUCAAGAUGCUCAGUGGGUUCCGGCUCGGUGCAGAGUUCCCACUCCAUUGCGCUCAGGAGAUAUCGAUGAGACUGGAGAUUAUCCACAUGCACCUCCAGACGCCCUUUGACGAGAUCCAGCUCUUUGCCGGCAUGGAAGGGCCCGAGCAGGCCAGCCUUGCAUAUCCUGCCGUUCUGGAGUGGGUGCGAUCAGACGCUGCUAGAAAGGCUGUUUGGCACGCCGGCCAGAUCAUCAAGGCCGCCAAAGCGAUCCCUCGCGGCUUCAUAUGGGGCCCCAUUGCUGUGAUUCUGUAUCACGCCGCACUACUGCUCUGGGUAUACGGCUCCGUAUGUGAGACCUCUGUACCAACCAAUGUCUGGGCCGUCAUGGGCUCAUCAAUCGCCGCUGGAGCUCCUGAGGAUGUUGAAGUCGACAAUUUUGAUGGCAUUCCAGUGCAGAGAUUUAUCCAGCUUGGAAGCGGGAGUCCUUGUAUUAAAGGGGUGGACGAAAACCUCGUGGCAUUGUCGCAGCCUGACAAAGUUCUGGCAACUGUAGCGCGGAUCUUGGAACAUAACCAUGAGGACAGGCCCAAGCCCUACCUCGUUGAUAACUUGAUCCAACUGAUGGGGGGCCUGCAGAAGAUGACGACGAGGGCACGGGCCGUUCCACAGUCGAUAUAG